GCAACUGAAAUUUAGUUGCCACAUGCAGUUUUUAGCUUCGGCAGCUACAUCCCAGCAAACACAGAACAUUGCAACAACGUUGAGGCAAUGUUGCUACAAUGCUGCAAUGUUGCCGUAAUGUUGCUGCAAUGUUCUGUUUGCUGGGAUUUUUCUUUGCGUGUGAAAGUUGCUUGUAGCCAAUCAGAAGACAUUAGCCACUUUUAGAGGCGCUUUUAUUGAUAAAAGAGGGUGCAGAAUACGGGCCUUAGGAGUAAAUAACAAACAUACAGACAGACAUUCAUGUAUAUAGACUUGGAAUAGUAAGCAAGCUGUGUUACCCGAAGACUUCGAGAUAAUGCACGAAGUCACGUAAAUCGUAGAAUAAAAUGCAACGAGAAAAAUAUGUUAUAUUUUGGAAGGGAUAAUUUUAGAAUCUCUAUCUCUGUAGAACCCCGUAGAUGAUCCUUGAGGAAUGUAAUCGUGGGUACCGAACGUAACAGCGAUUCUCAAGAUGAUUCCGUCCGAUUGCGUUCUGGACAUAUCCAACGUGUUUCAUUCCACUUCGGUGGUGAUCGAAGGAGCCUGCCUCAACAAAUCCGAGCCUACCGCAGUGCUUAGAGAUGUAUCGGCCCGCGUACACGGCGGAGAGGUCUUGGCUAUUCUAGGAUCAAAGGGCUCCGGCAAACGAGCGCUUCUCGAUGUUAUCGCUGGAAGGGCGGAGGGCGAGACGAGGGGGCGGGUUACCCUGAACGGCAACCUGCUGACGCCGGAGCUGUUUCGGCGCCACGGCGGCUACGUGGCCCACAGGUGUCACCUGCUGCCGAGUCUCACGGUUCGCCAGACCCUGACGUACGCCACGUGGCUCGCCAAUCUGAACAAUCGCGAGGUCCGAGUGCGGCAGACCCUCGCCGACCUU